GCUCCUUCAGGAGUCGACGUCUGCAACUAUUUGGUGGCUGCAAUUUCACGCUAUAAAUAUACAAAUUAAACCAAUUAAUUAUCUACUUCGUGGGAAGCCAUGGCCAUUACAGGGGCACUUCCUUCUUCACCAUUUCUGGGCCAUGUUCCUUUCCACCUUGGGAAAUCUUCAUCUACGUACUUUACCCACAAUUCAGUUUGUAUUUUCAAAGUAAAAGCACUGUUUUGGGGUUCAAGAAGAAGUGUAAAGCCUGCUGACAAGGUUCUUUCGCUUGGGGAAUUCACUUUAUCUGAGGCGGAUUCACUGGGGGAUACAGGAACUCCUGAAAAGAUAUCUGUUUCUGUGGUUUCCUCAAUCUCAGAGGUUUCACCAGAUAAUUGGGAUUCUUGCAGUCUGGAUGCCACAGGCCAUCAGCAGUUUAAUCCCUUUCUCUCACACGGUUUUCUUUCGAGCUUAGAGGAGUCUGGCUCUGCUGUGGAGGGAACUGGCUGGAUUCCACAACACAUCAUUGCUGAGGAUGAAAGUAAAAAUAUUUUAGGUGUUGUUCCUCUCUAUCUCAAAAGCCAUUCCUAUGGUGAAUAUGUAUUCGAUAAUUCUUGGGCAAAUGCCUAUUACAAUUAUGGUUUGAGCUAUUAUCCAAAGCUGCAAUGCUCGGUGCCUUUCACUCCAGUUACUGGCCCAAGGAUCUUGGUCCGUAACACUUCACAUAGAGAUCAAGUCUUUGACAUCCUGGUCUCUGCAAUGAAGGAUUUGGCAGUCAAGUUCAACGUUUCAUCUCUACAUAUUACUUUUCCAACUUCAAAUGAGUGGCACAAGUUGGAGGAGAAAGGUUUUCUGCAAAGGACCGGAAUGCAGUAUCAUUGGAAAAAUCGUAAUUAUAAAAACUUUGAUGAGUUUUUGAUGGACAUGAAGCAGAGCAAGAGGAAAAACAUUCGUCAAGAACGCAAGAAGAUAUCGGCUCAAAACGUGACCAUGAAACGCUUAAGAGGACAUGAAAUCAAGGCCAGUCAUUGGGACACAUUUUAUAAGUUCUACAGAAAUACAACCGAUAACAAGUGGGGUACUGCUUAUUUAACGAGAGAUUUUUUUCAUCGUAUGGGUGCAAAGAUGGGCGACAAUGUACUGCUUGUCAUUGCGGAAGAAGGUGAUGAGCUUGUAGCUGCUGCCCUGAAUCUUAUUGGAGGAGAUACCUUGUAUGGACGACUAUGGGGAUGUCUCCCAGGAACCUACUAUGCAAAUUUGCAUUUUGAAGCAUGCUAUUACCAGGCCAUAGACGCGGCAAUUGAACUAAAUCUUAGCACAGUAGAGGCUGGUGCUCAGGGUGAACACAAAAUUCAAAGGGGAUAUAUGCCAGUACCUACCUACAGCUGUCACUAUAUUCUAGAUGAGGAUUUUAAGCGAAUCAUUGAUGAUUUCUUGGUACGAGAAACAGCUCAGGUUAAACUUGUUAUGAAUUUAUUACAGGAUUCUGGUCCCUUCAAGGAGAAUGUAUGGAAUUGAUUAUGGUGCGCGUUUAUAGCUAUUCCCUCUUCUAAUUCACCAAUCAGAGUGACAUCUUUUGUUGGCAGAAGUACCCAUCCUAUGUUUACUGGGGAAAUAUCUUCUGUUUAAAGCAUUUAUCAUUUUCUAAGAACAGAUAAGACCUUUCAACCAAUAUUCAAAAUUGUAAAUAUCCAAGUAAGCCAUGUAUAGAAAAGCGAACGAUCAAUGUUCCUCCUG